CAAGUGGAGCAAUUCAGUUGAUCUUCAACAUUCUUUGUUUUGAUUCGACGUGUUAAUGUGAUAGAAAUCGCGAGGAAAUGUUAACGGUAAUACUUUUAUGCAUUUGUGCGGUGUUCUUUCUUUACUUAUCCCAUCGCUAUGCUGUUGGUCGUCCCGAAGGAUUUCCGCCGGGGCCGCCGCGCAUACCGAUCUUUGGCAGUUAUUUAUUCAUGCAUCUUCUUCCGCGACGGUCCAGUAUGGAAAGAACAGCGUCGUUUCAUUUUACGCUAUCUUCGUGAUUUUGGUUUUGGUCGACGCUACGCUGAACUUGAAUCAGUUAUCCAAGAGGAGAUAACUGAUCUUUUAGAUCUUAUUCGAAAUGGUCCACGUUAUACGCAUGAACGAGAAAUAUCAAAACCCGGCGGCUAUAGAGUUUGUGUGCCAAAUCUAUUUAGCCCAUUUACAUACAACUCUUUCUUUCACAUCAUGAUGAAUGAGCGACGGCCACGUUCAGAGCAGGGCGAGGUAUUGCAAUUGAUUAAAAUGGGUAUGCAAUUUCAGCGCAACGGUGAUGAUUAUGGAAAAAUGYUAUCUGUAAUACCAUGGAUUCGCUAUGUAUUUCCUAAAUGGAGCGCCUAUGAUGUUUUGACGGAGGCAAAUAAAUUUAUUUAUGAGUAUUUCGCAAAAAUUGUGGAUGAACAUAUUGCCACAUAUGAUGAGUGUAGUGAGCGAAAUUUUCUCGAUUUAUAUAUUAAACAAAUGAAGCUCGAGCAUGCGGAUCACCAAGUGGAUGUUUAUUAUCGCACUCAAUUCAUAAUGGGUUUGAUAGAUUUUGCUUUCCCUGCGUUUACAGCGCUUGGCGUACAAAUGACAUUUUUGCUACAACACCUUCUUCUUCAACCGGAAGUGAUGAAACGUAUACAAGCGGAAAUAGAUGAGGUUGUAGGUAGAGGACGUUUGCCCACACUUGAAGAUAGAAAGAAUUUACACUUUACAGAAGCUGCUGUACGUGAGGGCUUGAGAAUUGAGACGUUAGUGCCAUCCGAUGUACCGCACAAAGCAUUGAUGGACACGGAGCUAAUGGGCUACAAGAUACCAAAGGAUACAAUUGUUGUGCCUAGCUUGUAUGCUUUCCAUGUUGAUGAACGCACCUGGGGUGAUCCACAAACAUUUAGACCRGAACGCUUUCUGGAUGAAAACGGAAAGCUUGCGCUGAAGAAGGAUGUGUCACUUCCUUUCGGCGCUGGAAAACGUCUUUGCGCGGGAGAAACAUUUGCACGAAAUAUGCUAUUUCUUUUGACUGCAUCACUUUGUCAAAAUUUCAAUUUUACUUUAGGUCCGGGUGACUCGUUGCCAGAUUUAUCGAAAAAUUUUAACGGUUUAAUUACAACUCCCUAUGAUUUCUGGUUGCAAUUAGAAGAAAGAAACUGAUUUUUAAAUUUGUUUGCUUUAUACAUAUAUGUGUUUAUGUAAAAUGACGAAAGUAAUAAUAAUAAAUGAAAAGAAAUACAACGGAAAAUUUUUUAACAUGCUUUAAUGAAAUGYUUCCUGUAUGUGAAUACA